AUGAAGACACGCAGGAUCCUCAUGAGGAGUUUAGCAGUUGCGGUGGUCAUUGCAUCUGUGAUCUGGACUACAACAGCGCAACAUAAGGUGAAAUCAUGCUGUACUAAAGUCUCCAAAGCAAAGGUGACCAAUCGCAUCAUCAGUUUCAGAAGGCAAAAUGAAAGUCUUCCAUGUGUGAAGGCCGUCAUCUUUAAGACUGAACGGGGAGAGUUCUGCUGUGAUCCUAGACAACGAUGGGUGAAGAAGAAAGUUGAGCAGUUAGUUAAAGCCAAAAACAGAGUUUAAAGAAACAAACACCUGACUUCCACGCCACCACCAG